AUGAUUUAAAUUGAAUAAUAAGAAAAUGUAGGAUAAAAAGAAAAGGUUCGUAACUUAAUUGAAAAGUUAGAGAAUCAUUUGAGAUUAGAUGAAAAAAUUAAUAAUUUAAAAAUAUAGCUAGAAAAGAUGAGAUUGCAGAUUACAACUUCAACUGAUAAGAAUAGUAUUAGAGAAAAGAUAUCUCAAUUAGAAGUAGCAAUGUUUAAUUACGAAGAAGAAAAGAAGAUUUCAAAUUAUACUGAAGAAGAAAAAAACAAAUUACUAGAUAACAUUAGAAAUAUAAUUCAAUAAAUUAGAGUAUCGAUUAUUGUAUUUAUUAUAGCCAUUACCAUUCUCUUGUGAAAAUAAAAAGUAGAUACAUAAAAACCUUAAAAACUUAAAUAGAUUUGAAGAACAUUUUCUUAUUUUAAGAGUGAAGUCAAGCGAUGAAGAAUUUGUAAUUUAGGCUUCUAAAAUCCUAAGUUUAGUUUGCGAUAAAAAAAACGAAAUAAAAAGUGUGAUAAAUCAAUCCAAAGAUAAUAUUAAUAAUGGUGAAUCUCAGCAAGGAAAUCUCUUAGAAAAUUGGGCUGAAAUUAAAAUAGUAGAAGAAAAUCAAAAAGUCCACUAGCAAGAAACUCCAACUUAAGGAGGAAAUGUGAUAGAACAAAUAGAUUUAGAUGGCUAGAACAAAUUAUCAAAUGAGAAUAUGAUUAAAUAAGAACUUAUUGAAAAAGGUUAAGAGAGUGAGUAAAUUUGUGAAUCAGAAAAAUGUUUGAUUUGUUUUGCAAAAAAAAGAAAAUUUGUUGCAAUUCCUUGUGGACAUUUCAUAUAUUGCUAAGUUUGUAAGGAAUUAGUUAUGCAAAAACUAAAAUGUUUACUAUGCAGAUAAAAUGUGCUCUAAAUGUUUGAGAUAUUUGCAUGAUU